CAUGGUAUCUGACUAUCGGGGAAAGCCGUGUGCGAUACCAGACUGUUGUGUAUUCGGGGCCCGCGCUCUGUUGGCAAUGCAUGCGGCACCUAUAGUGUGUUUAUUUAAAUCCCAAGAAAAUCGACAUUGGUCUCAAACCACAUCAACAUGGCGAAAGUUUUAGAAGGACUUCUAGGUACACACGUUAUCCGUGGACAGGGAGACAAAGCAGAGAAAGUGUGUGUAAACUCGCUUUGUGGGAGGAAUUCUGUGAUCGGCCUGUAUUUUUCAGCACACUGGUGUCCCCCUUGUAGGGGUUUUACACCAAUUCUUGUUGAUUUUUAUAAAAGUUUGAAACUGAAAAAUGAGGAUAUUAAAUUUGAAAUUGUGUUUGUGAGUUGGGACAAAGAUGAGGCGGGGUUUACGGAUUAUUUCUCCUCCAUGCCCUGGCUGGCACUUCCAUUUGAUCCAGACAAACGGAAAAAGAGUAAGCUGGCAAAGAAAUUCCGGGUACAAGGGAUUCCAAAGCUUGUCUUACUAGACGGAGAAACAGGCAAAAAAAUUACCACAGAUGGAUACAUGCGCCUUACUGAAGAUCCUGAAGGUAGCGAGUUUCCGUGGCGGAAGAAGAAAUUUACAGAAGUUAUCAGUGGAAAACUUAUAAACAAUCGAAAAGAGGAAUGUGAUGCUCUAGAACACCUGAAAGGAAAGUUUGUGGGGAUUUACUUCUCAGCUCACUGGUGUCCACCCUGUCGAGCCUUUACUCCUGAGGUAAUCAAGCUUUACGAGAAGUUGGAAUCCAACGGGAAGCACAUUGAAGUGGUGUUUGUAUCAUCAGACCGCAGCGAGGAAUCCUUCAGUAAAUACCUAGAAACAAUGCCCUGGUGGGCCAUACCCUUUGGAGACAGCCGGAUGGAGCAACUCAAAGCCAUAUUUGGAGUUGAUGGUAUUCCCACAUUUGUGAUCCUUGAUGGCAAUGGAGAGGUUGUGACCUUGAAUGGACGUACAGCAGUCAAUGUGGACAAAGAUGGCUUGGAAUUCCCAUGGUAUCCAAAGCCUUUGAAUCCUCUAACAGAAGGGGAAGCAGUUGCUCUGAAUGAGAGCCCAUCCCUGGUCCUUUUUACAGAGGGUGAGGAGGCAGACAUAGAGAUGAGUAAGGAAGUAUUGGAGAGUCUUGCUCGUGAAGAACACCAGAAAGGGGAGGAUCAGGAACUCUUCUUCUUUUACGGAACGGAGAAUGAAUUUUGUGAUAAUGUGCGUGAUUUUGCCAACUUAGAAGACCAAUGUCCACUACUGGUCAUCCUGGAUUUUCCUGACCAAAAAGUUUAUCUUAGUCCUGAGACGGUGAUCACAAAAGAAAUUGCAACAGACUUUGUAAAACGUUACUUUGCCGGAACAUUGGAGGCCACUUCUAUCAGUUGAAGUUGAGAGUUAUUUUUGUGUCCUCCACAUGUGCUUAUAUUGACCAAUGAUAUAUAUAUACAUAGAAAUGUAUUCUCCACUCAUAACCAGGCAAGUUAGACUGCACGGAACUUGUACCUGGCAGUUGUUAUGGACUGGAAACAUUUGUGAGUGUUUUUUAUUGGUGAAAAGAAAAGAACAUACUUCUUCAAAGAUUGGACUUGUUUAUUACUAUAUUAAGGCUCUGGAAUUGAGCAAAAUGCUAAUACAGGAUAUGAUUGCUUCACUGUAUGCAUAGUGUAGGAUGUCCUUGAUUGGUGUGCUUGAACUUUAACCUCGCAUUUGACCUAUAUAUGGGUACAUCUCUAUAUUUAGAUGCUGUAGUGUGAAGAUGACAGAAUUGAGUGAUGUAUGAUGUUAACUGAUUUUGGACUUACUUGCUAGCUGUAAUACAUACAUAGCUAGACAAAAUACAUACUUAGUUAAGGUGAUAUCUUAACUAUGCUGAAUCAUGAAUCAUAAAAAAUACACACAAGCGUUUUUUAGCUCACCUGCCCAAAGGGCAAGUGAGCUUAUGCCGUGGCGCGGUGUCCGUCGUCCGGCCGUCGGUCAACUUUUCCAUUUAAACAACUUCUUCUCA